CGUGACGAAGGCCAGAGCCGCUUCUCCACAACCGGAAGUGUCGCUAGUUGUUGUUGCACCACCUCCGCUGUCAUGUGAUAGCUCGUCUGCUGUUGACAGUGGGUCUCCUACCUCUGGAUGAAGCUCGAACAGAGUCACGCCGUGGAGAAGUUUUAUGUUUCCUGAGGAGGAGAAGUCACGGCUCGUUUCUGACGGAGAACAGCGGAGCUGGGCUUGUGUCGCUUCGGCCCUCGGACGCUGCCAUGGGUUGCUGUUACAGCAGCGAGAACGAGACCACAGAGCAGGACCCUGAACGCAAGCCGUUGAUCCCCCACCCCAACCCAGUCAGCAAACCCCCAAAUGGGACAGACUGGAUCCCCACCAAUGUCCCCUCAGCCCGGACAGAUGAACAGGCCCUCCUUACAUCCAUCCUCCAUAAGACGGCACAGAACAUCAUCGAUGUCUCAGCAGCUGACUCUGUCAUGAUGGAGCAGCAUGAAUACAUGGACAAAGCUCGGCAAUACAGUACGAAGCUGGCUGUGUUGAGCAACAGUCUGUCCCAGAAGAAAGCCCUCACUCUGCCCUCCCUCACCAGCCAGCCCCACCAAGUGCUUGCUAGUGACCUGGUGCCAUAUUCAGAUGUUCAGCAGGUAUCCAAGAUCGCAGCCUAUGCUUACAGUGCAAUCUCUCAGAUCAAAGUGGAUGCUAAAGAAGAACUGGUGGUCCAGUUUGCCAUUCCCUGAUUCUGCGACUCUGGCCUGCAUUUUUGUUCCUCCCAUCCCGCCCUCUCUGUGUCACUCCUGCAUCCUCAUCCUUUUAUUAAAGCAUCUUGGUCCUUGUGCUCUUUUAGCUAUGCCUCUAACAAAGACAGAGAUGAUGUAGGAUUUGCACACUGUGGCUGUCCAUUAGUGUACUUAAUUAUAGGUUAAUGAGCCUCCUCUGUGUGUAAGUGUGGAUCAGAGGCUUUGUCAGAACCAGCUGUGGAAAACAAAAAUCAUUCAUCCUUCUCUAAUCUUUUUAAAUGGUUGCUUCUUUGUCUUUAUUUUGUUAGUUUCCCCUUGCCUGCACUUAGGCAAGCAACGCUAGCUCUACACCCCAGACUGUUAUCCAGAGGCAUGGAAGAAUGUACUGUAUAUUCAUCCUGGACAGAGCUGUAGGAUUUUUGGCACAAAGCAUUGGCUAUUGCUGUAUAUACUUAUAUACAAUCUCCAAUGGAACAAGAUAAACAAUUCAUCUCCGUGGCACGGAACAAUGGGAAUCAUCUAAAUCCCAUAGGUGCAAGUGCAGUGGUCGAGCAGUUAAACUAUUUACCAGGAUAAAAAAAAGAAACAUGGCUUAAAGUUUGCACUUGAUGUGUUUGACUCU